ACAGCCAAAGAGGCAAUUAUUCCCAGACCUCCAGCGAAUUUCUUGUUUGCUAUUCCUGGGAAUCAAACAUCAGUUGAUAAACAUACUCAAUCGGGCGGGUGAUUUUUUUUAUUUUCGAGGGAAGCAGUGAAUCUUUUGGGAGCGACAAGAAUUCCAAAUUGAAAUGGGGUUUUUCACGCGCGCUUUUGCCGUGGGUACUACAAUUGUACUCGCUUUGAUUGCCAAACAGUGCUACGACAUGUUCAAACCACUUCCGCUGCCAAACAUUGAUUAUUUGGACCAGAAUUGGGGUCCUGGCGACAAAAACCUAUACAAAGAUGAUACGACCAUUAAACCAUUCAAGAUCGUCUACCCCGCCGAGACAAUUGAGAAGCUGCGAACCAAAUUGGACGAUGUCCCCGCGUUGGCCAAACCAAUGGAGGGCAUCUCCUUCGAGUACGGUUUCAACAGCAACAACCUGAUGGAUGUUUUGAAAUACUGGAGGUCAAGCUAUCUGGACAAAUGGAGCGAACGGGAAAAAUAUUUAAAUCAGUUUCCUCACUUCAAAACCAAAAUCCAAGGAUUGGACAUUCACUUCAUUCAUGUAAAACCUCAAGUGCCCAAAAAAACUAAAGUGAUUCCACUGCUUUUACUCCACGGGUGGCCAGGAUCAGUUCGCGAAUUUUAUGAUAUAAUUCCGAUGCUAACGUCCACAUCCGACGAUAAGCAAUUCGUUUUCGAAGUAAUUGUUCCCAGCUUACCCGGUUAUGGUUGGUCCCAAGGCCCUUCCAAAACGGGGAUGGGUCCCGCUGCAAUGGCAGUUUUGAUGAAAAACCUAAUGAAGCGCAUUGGUCAUGAGAAGUUCUUCGUCCAAGGCGGUGACUGGGGUUCGGCGAUCGCUGACAGAUUGGCAACAUUUUUCCAGGAUGAUGUAUACGGAGUCCAUAUGAAUAUGUGUGCGAUGCAAAACGCAUUAUCAUUUGUGAAAAGUACGAUUGCAUCCUAUGCUCCAUCGAUGUUCAUCGAUGAAAAGUACAUCGACUUCUACAGCUCCUUCACGGACACUUUUAAAUACCUGAUUCACGAAACUGGUUACAUGCACAUCCAAGCUACCAAACCAGACACCAUUGGAACCACCCUGAUGGGCAAUCCCAUUGGGCUUGCUGCCUACAUAUUGGAAAAAUUCUCCACAUGGACCAAUCCGGCUUACCGAAGUCUUCCCGACGGGGGCUUGCAAAAAUACUUCACGCUCGACAGCCUACUUGACAAUAUUAUGGUAUACUACCUCACGGAUUCCAUCACGACAUCGCAGCGACUCUAUCUGGAGGCUUUCCGUGCCCAAGAGAUGGGCCUAGCCAUCGAUCGGAUGGAAACUAAAGUUCCUGCUGCCUGUGCCAAGUUCAAACACGAACUGAUGCAAACCAUUGAUUGGGCUCUGCGAGACCACUUUGUUAAUUUGCUACAGAGCAAUCAUUACGAAGACGGUGGUCAUUUCGCCGCCAUGCAGUUACCGCGUUUGUUGUACAAGGAUAUAGUGGAUUUCGUGAGUAAGGUACCAUUGGCAUAAUGAACGUCCCAUUGGCCGGUGCUGGUUUUAUAGGAUUAAACGUUAUAAAAUACAAUGUCACGAAUAACCCCGUGAAGAAAACUAAAUAAAAGUGUAAAAUAUCGA